UUACAUUACGCACAUCUUUUUUAUUUGGGACUGGUUUGCGCAUGCGAAGAAGAAAGCUGAAGCCACUUGCUUAGACAGAUGACCGUGUUGAGAGCAUCGAUCGCUCUCAAUGCGCACAGCAGGUUAUCCGCGUUUUUACAUAAACACAUCUGAAACCUAGUAACACAGAUUUCCUGGUUUUCAUCUUCCCACACGCCUGUCCUGCUACUACGUUUCACGCAACAGGCUUACAGCACCAAUGUGGAGUCUACGCUGAGGAACAGUACCACCUGUAACUGUGCCUAUCUGCUGCCGACUUUCAUGCCGACACCGAGGAUGAAGAAGCAAAACGUCCGGACCCUGUCGCUCAUCCUCUGCAUGUUCUCCUACUUGCUGGUCGGCGCUGCGGUGUUUGACGCGCUGGAAUCCGAGUCGGAGAGCUCCCGGAGACGCAUCUUGGAGCAGAAGCGAAACGAGAUGAAGAGGAAGUACCGCUUCUCCGAGGACGACUACCACGAAAUCGAGCGAGUAGUGCUGCAAGCGGAGCCCCACCGCGCCGGGAGACAGUGGAAAUUUGCUGGCUCUUUUUACUUUGCCAUAACGGUCAUCACUACCAUUGGUUAUGGACAUGCAGCACCGGGCACAGAUGCAGGAAAGGUCUUCUGCAUGUUCUACGCUGUCCUGGGAAUUCCUCUCACUUUGGUCAUGUUCCAGAGCCUGGGAGAAAGGAUGAACACAUUUGUCCGCUAUCUCCUACAUAAGGCGAAGCAGUGCCUGGGCUGUCGGCACACUGAGGUGUCCAUGGAGAACAUGGUCCUGGUGGGCUUCCUGUCCUGUAUUGGAACACUGUGUGUUGGGGCUGCAGCCUUUUCCCACUUUGAGAGAUGGAGCUUCUUCCACGCUUACUACUACUGCUUCAUCACACUCACCACUAUUGGCUUCGGGGACUUUGUAGCCCUGCAGAAAAAGGAGGACCUUCAGGAGAAAACGCCCUACGUGGCGUUCAGCUUCAUGUACAUUCUGGUGGGGCUAACUGUUAUCGGGGCCUUCCUGAACUUGGUGGUGCUUCGCUUCCUCACCAUGAACACUGAGGAUGAGCGGAGAGAUGCUCAGGAGAGGGCGUCUCUGAAGAGGGACAGAGGCCUUUUAGAUGGUUCUCUGGGUCUCCAUGUUGUAGGGGAACAGAGCAGAGGCAGCCACAGAGAGAGGAACAGGAGCAACACGGUGCACAAUCUUAGCCAUAGUACGCUCUUCCUCCCUAUGGAGGAAGGAACCAGCCGCACCAACCUCAUCGCUUCCCCAGCGGAGGAUCAGGAGAGACGAAAAAGCCCCUGCAGACACAGGCUGCAUUUUCAGAUCAAGGCAGGCCGAGACAGGCCGGAGUCGAGCCUCAGCUCCCUCUGCUCCUGUGUGUGCUACCGUUUGGGGAUCUGUGAUAGUCCUCUUAUGUCCCACAGUGAACACCACGGCUGCCAUAUGAAUUCUGUUUAUUACAACUCAGUCUCCUAUAGGAUCCAGGGCUGCUCGCCGGGUUCCAGGGACAACACUGGACUCUCUUCCCCAGGAAGCACACUCUCGCCUGGGCAUAGCUUUCGUGAGUUCUCUCGCUCGAGAAGAAAGUCAGUGUAAAGAGCACCGUAGUGAGGCAGAGUGUUUGCACAGACUGUACACGGUAUUUCAAAUGACACUGCAUUUUGUGUUACACCUCGUGCAUGUCAUAAGACACUGAGUCUGUUGUGGCUAUGGAAGAUAAUUAUAUUUGUUAAGCAAGGAUAAGAUAUCUUUUCCUCUGUUACCAUGACAUCUUUUAUGUUAGUGAUUCUGCUAUGUUCCACGCAUGUAAGCGGAAGUGCAGUGCAUGCUAAAGAGAAUGUAUGGCACACAAUGUGAACGCAUGAGUGCUAUGUAGAGAUGUGAACAGUUGGGCUUUUUAUCUACAAUUUUAACAACAGUAUUUUGGAUAUAGUGCUUAUUAAUGACUGUAUAACUGUUCAGUUAAGGUAUGUGAAAUAUCCUCAGUGGACUCUGCUCCAGCUUCAGACAAAAUCCCACACUUUUCAUGCCAUAGCUAGAAGAUGUCAUUUUACUUUUAUAUCAAAAAAGCCUUACAUUUCUUUCACAAGCACAUGAGAUAUGUGUCUUCUUAGCUCAGUGAAUUGAAUAAAUCAUGUCGUUACUUACUAUGGAAGGGGGGCAGAAUAACUUUUACGUGCAUUUUUCAGUAUUAAUGCACUCUGAUAUGAAGAGAUUAUGAUUGUGAUGACUGAUUCUAAUGUAAUGGAUGUAGCAUACAACAGAUAUGUAGCAGGUUACAGGUAUACUUCCCAAAAUCCUGGAAAAAUUGUCACUUUCCAGCCGUUUCCAUGUAGACUUGGUUUGUAGUCAGAUUCGAUGUGAGUCUCUUACAGUAUUGUUAUAUUAAACCAAAGAAAAGGACCAUAACAUGUGUGAAGGUUUUUAUUUGAAUCAAAGUUUGCUGAAUGAUUGAACACUUGUAUGUGUAUUGUGUUCAUUCAUCUUCCUCUGUUCUGUUUGUGUUUUUAUAGGACCGAUACAGUGGAACAAAGGGUGCUGGUAAAACUACUUGACUAGUGACGAACUGAUCUACAGUAGAUGAUAAACCCAGUGGCAAUGAUUUGGUGAUUUGCACGUCAUCAGAUUUAGAUGUGAAAGUUGAAAAUGGGCAAUA